AUGUCGGAGCUCAUCAAAGUCGUCAAGGCCAGCAGGCCGCUGAAGCGGUUUCCACAGCCCGUGAGUCUUCCCACGGGAUUUGUCAAUACCCGUAUUUUGCGGGACAAUUUUAAGAGACAAAUGGCUGCGGAGCACGAGGUGACCAGCAAGGCGCUCAAGUUUAUUGCUAGAAACGCGGCGCUGCCUCAGAAAAUGAGACUCGAGGCGCAGAUCCAGCUGACGGCAAUGCCCAACUAUACCAGAAUGAACCAAGUGCGCGACCGGUGUCUGGAGUCGGGAACGGCAAAGAAAAUAAUCAAGCCGUUCAGAGUCGGCAGAUACCAGUUUAGAUUGAUGGCCAAGGAGGGCGAGUUCCCAGGCGUCAAGAAGGGUGUUUGGUGA